CAAAGGCAUUGGAGAGCUUUUUCGCAAUAUGUUUCCAGACUCCGACAUGGCGAAAUCCUCCGCGUUAGGCAAGAAUAAAACUGCUUACUUUAUCAAAUUUGGUAUUGCGCCGUGUUUCAAGAAGCAACUGGUGAAGACCAUAAACAAAGCUCGGCCGUUCGUUCUAAUUUUUGACGAGAGCCUCAACCAAUCCUAAAAAAAAAAACAGAUGGACAUACAUAUUCGUUUUUUGGAGGAUGGCUGUGUCAGGUCAAGAUAUUUUGGCUCAGAAUUCCUGGGACAUGCAACAGCUGAUGACCUGCUGCAGCACAUCAAAGUGGCGGCGGAUCCAGGACGGACAGCGGACGACGAGGGACGAACAUGCAGCGACCCAGACGGACGGCUGCGACGGAACGGAGGAACACAAGCUGGUCAUCUUACCUUCAGGCUGUGCCCCCGUGCCACAGGAGGUUUCUGUGCUCAGCUGGCAGCAGGCGGUCUUAAUUCCACCCCUUUCUUGUGUAGCGCUGGUGAGAUUUGAGCAGCCCUGCCAAGCUUUGCACAGAGCAAACAGGAUGUUUGCUUACACCUUCUCACAGCCACGUUUUGACAGCACGAAGUUGGUGGAGUUGAAGCUCCAACACAGGACCAUCUGUGAGGGCCUGGAGUCUGAGCACUGGUGGGUGCUCAGCAACGAAUUUUAUCAUUUGUUCCCGGAGCUUCCUCCUCAGCACUUCGGUACUGUGGCUGCUGUGGCCUGCAUCAAGCGCAUUGGAACAUCGAUCAACGAGGCGUCCAUCUACCUUCGCACUGAAUCAGUGGAGACAUCACUGCAGAAUGUUACUCUGCAAACCAAAGUGUCGAAGACGCUGAGGAUGGUAUCCAUUGGUUCAGAUGGCUGUUGCAGGAGUCAUCAGUCCAGCAACACACGGAUCCUUGAGACGCCGGCACCGUUCACGGUUUCCAGGAAACCAAGAGGACCCCCACCAGGCUUCUAAUCACUCUACACUUUAAUAUCAUAUAUAUUUUUACAUUUCUUUAUCAUAGUAACUGUAGUUUUUGUAAUGCAAUUAUGUUGUUUUUUCUAACAUUUUGUGUGUGUGUGUGUGUGUGUGUGUGUGUGUGUGUGUCUUUUUUAGAUGCAGUUUUCUGUGUAACUAGGAGAGCCCCUGGAUGUUUAUCUCUGAGAGCAUGACGGUGGAUCAUCACAUCUACUCAUCUCUAGACUGGAGACAUGGGUCCCAGUGCAUCAUUCCUCCUGGAUUAGAGGCUCUAGACAGCAGUGACUCCAACUGUCAUCAAGAAACUCUGGACAAGAGGACUGUUCUGUUUCUGGACCAGAUCAGAGGAUGUACGUCAAAGGAAGCCUUGACAAGAAGUGCAGCAAGACCUUCAGAGACUUCACCAUCAGCCAUCACUGGACUUUAUCUUUAGCAUUUAACUUCAUCAGAAGCAGGAUCACUAUGGACAUCGUCAUUAUUGUCUUGGCCACAGACCCAGGACCAUUAGAGAUAUCAGGACCCAUGAAGAGAAGAUCAGUGCCAUCAUCACCACUGGACAUUGUCAUCAUCCGAUUUUUGUCUUCAUCAGCAGAAGCAGCAUCACAGCUCCCAUCAUACACAUCAAGAUCUCAGUUAUCAUCAUCAUCAUCAUCAUCAUCCUAGCCAUGGACUGAGUUAGAUGUUGCUUCAUCUCAUCAUCAGACAACAAGCUACUAACCAGCUCAGAGGAUUUUGUGUUUAAGCAGUGAAUCUGCUUUGUGUAAUGAACAUGGACUCUUUCCUGAGAUCCCGCUAAAAGGCUUCCCAGCCUGGGUUCUAGAUUGUUGGCUGUAGUUACUGUUCUGCAGUUUAUCUACAACUAACAGUUUGGCAUCCAUGCUCGGACUAAUCAUCAUUCAAGUGGGAUUUUCACUUGAUUAAGUUAAAAAAAAAAUAAGUUAAUAAUUAAUUAUUGACAAUCAA